AUGACAGGGACAGAGAGGGAAUCAGGAUCAGCAGAAGCUACCGGAGCCGCCGCAGUUGCAGCAGAAGAAAAGGAAAACCCGGUACAGGGUAUUUUGUCUCCAGGGAACUAUAACCGCCCAGCCAAACAUAGCAUGCAAAAGGUGCAAAAGACUCAAAAGGCGCCUGAGGGACUGCAAGAGCAGCGUCGGAACGCGCUUGUGCAGCUUUUACAGAAGCCAGAAACAGUGCGGGAGGUGGCCAAGCGGACAGCCAAGGUGCCGGCCGGGCAGGUGUCGCCCGUCGCCAAAACAGCGGCGACGGCGGCUAGGGCGGCGCACUCGGAAGAGGCCGGGACGGCCCGCAGCGCGCCCAGCGAAGUGAAGAGCGCAGAGCCAGAGACACAGACGCCAGAGCUGGCGCCAGAGAAGCCGGCGGCCGAACCGCAGACGCCCCCGGCGACGUGCGCAGGACCUGAAAAGGUGCAGAUUGGCGUUGCGGAGCUACCGCAGCCGCCGAAGGCGCAGUCGCGGACGGCAGAGCCGCGGCGGGACCCGGGCCCGGUGCCCGACAUCUCGAAGCUGCUGUACGAAUUCGAGCCCGCCGAGGAGCGGCCGGAGUUCUACGCAGAGGUAUUCGGGCAGGUGGGCGAGCCUGCAGAGUGUGCGCGGGUGGCAGCCAUGAGUUUCGAGCAGUGGACUGCGAUGGGAGAGGAAAUUAUGGAGGAGCAGCGGCAGCUGAUGGCGCGCAUGGUGGCGAACCGUGCGAAGCUCAGCUACCAGUUUGAAGCCAUCACGCAGGUGAUCACCGAGCGGGCGCAGGCGCUGGUGGAGCACGGAGCGCAGUUCCGCGAAAAGCUUGCGCGCAUCCAGAGUCUGGGCAAAGAGAUCCUGAGUAUCAUCUAG